AGCGAUCUUGAGAGCAUGUUCCAAAGCAUUGUCGCCCGAGAAGGUCAAUGUUCCCAGUGCGGGCAGCGGAAGACUCUACCAGCGAGUAUGAACUGGUGGCUUAUUGCGAGUUUUCCAGAAGACCUUUGCCCGGGCUCUCAUGGGCUACUCAAGAUAAUAGAGAACAACCUGCGUCCGACAUCCUUGCAAGUGGCUUGUCGCGGCUGUGGUGGUUCUAGAACUAAGCACGAAAUCAGUCAAGAUAUUGUUCUUUACCCGGAAGUUAUCUUCGUUCAAAUCAACCGGUUCCAGCAUGAUAAACAGAAGAAUCAAGACUAUGUCUGCAUCGAAGAGACCUUGACCUUUCCACCUGAGAUGAUACAAUAUCAGCUUUUUGCGUUUGUCAAUCAUCUGGGUAGAAACAUCGACCACGGCCAUUAUAGUUGCUUCGCACAGGGCCCGUAUGGUGACUGGGCUUGUUUCAACGACGGCAUAGUAUCCGCCAAAACACUUGCAGCACUCAGGUCUCACGAGAAGAACCGCAAGGAUGUAUACGUGCUAGCUUAUCGCCGGACACAACUUUUGCCAGUGCGAUCAGCACCGCCACUUAUACCAGAUUUUGAAGAGGAGGGCCAGUCCAUUGAACAAUCUCCCAAUGAGGUCACAUUGGACGAGAUGAUCAAGUUUGAGGGAAGAGCCGUUCGAUGGACUUUCAAGCAACAGCUGGCACCUCCUGGUGAUAAUGGAGCUUUGAUCAAGUUGAAGUCAGCCAGAGCCAGAGUGCAGCGGGCACAGGUACGAAUUAGGCUCACGUCUAUAACAGGCGAAGUCCUUGAAGGCCAAGGGAUCAUUCCCCUGCAGCCGAAUAUCAUU